GAAUAUCGGAACUCCAAACUUGUGGAACUCUUUUAAAAAAGAAGUCACGAAAAUGACGCGUAACUUGGGCAACUUUUGUAAACAAAUCGGUAGCUAAUCUAAUGGCAGAGAACGAAUCAUUUCUUGUGCAAAAAUCUUUGCCCGAUUUAAAGAAAUUUUUGACAGAUCGUGGUAUAAGGGUAUCGGGCUACAGGAAACAUGAGUUAUUAGACUUAGCUCGCGAAGCAUGUAGACAAAAUUUGCAGCCAAAAUGCGAUUUAGCACAAGAAUCUGCAGAUCGACUGAAACGUAGGACUGUCCAUGGCGUAACAUAUCCACAUCCCAAUUCCCAAAAUAUUAAAUGGGAUGAUUGUUUAGAUAAAAUACCGUCCAUUGAGGCUUAUGAUAUUCAGUAUUAUUUAAAAACCAGUUGCCUGUGGACAAAUGAAAGACUGAAAAAUUACAAAUCCGACAACAGCUACCGCUUGCAUUCAAAUGGUCACAUUAGUAACGUGGCCAUGUCCAAACUCGACUCUAAUCUCUGCUAUAUCAGAGGUUCAUCCACUCCAGAGGAACGACAGACAGCCGAGCCCUACAAAAUGUGGUUGUUGGUACAAGAGAAUGGAACAAUUGUCUCUGGAGAGUGCACAUGUGUUGCUGGUGAUGGUACAUGUAAGCAUAUUGCUGCUUUGCUGUUUGGACUUCAACAAUUUUGCCUAGGACUGAAUGAUCGAACAGAGAUUGGUGUCACUGAUAAAAAGGCUAAGUGGACAAAACCUGUGAGGUCAACAAGACCAGUAAAAAUUACUGACCUUGAUCUAAGACAGCAACCAAACAACCAACCUCAGCCCAUGGCAUGUGAUGAAGAAUACACACCUGUUACUAAUGAACAACUAAACAAUCGAACUGAAAAAGAGAUAUACAAACUUUUAAAAGCAGAAAAAUUGGCUGCAUGUGCAGCAUAUACCCUAUCUGAUAGUUCUGAUUCUGAGUAUGAAUUUGAAGAAGGUGUGUGUGAGAAUGUGACUGAAUUUGCUCAAAAUUUUUAUAUGAUAAAUCCAAAUGCUUCCUUUGAGGAAUUUGUUGAUGGUCUUAGAGUUUAUUUUGACAGAAAUCUUGCAGUCAAAAUUUCAAAAAGUACAGUUGCUCAAAACUCAUCAGAUGUAUGGCAUCAUCAAAGAGCAGGUCGCAUUACUGCAUCAUCUGUGUUUAACUGUCUGCAUUUCAGUGGUCGGAAUGAAAAUGGUAGCCUUGUUACACAAAUUCUUUGUAAAAAAUAUGCUACUUCAGAAUCUAAUUGUAUUCCUGCACUUGUACAUGGUAGAAAAUAUGAAGCAAAAGCUAGAGAUAUGUAUUUAGAGUUAAAUGGGAAAAUUCACACUAAUCUUAGAUAUUCCAGUGCAGGCCUGAUAAUCGAUGAUGAGCUUCCUUUCAUUGGUGCCUCACCAGAUGGUUUACUAGAGUGUGAUUGUUGUUUACCAGGGUGCCUCGAAAUUAAAUGUCCAUACAAGUGUAAAGAUAAAAAUCCAAAGGAGGCAGCAGCAUGUGAUUUAAAAAAUUUUGAACUAAGAAAUGGAUUUCCUGUUUUAAAGAAAAACAGUAACUCACCAUAUUAUUGUCAAAUGAUGUGUCAAAUGGCUGUUACAAAACGUACCUAUUGUGAUUUUAUUUUGUACACACACUCAGGCAUUUUUUCUGAAAGAGUGUUCUUCAAUGGACAAAUAUGGGGAUGUAUGAAAGAAAAAAUUGUCAAGUUUUAUAAGACAUUUAUAUUUCCAAAAAUCAUCAUCAAUUGAAUUUAUUAUUAUGCAAUUUUAUAUUUAAAAAAUUAAAGAAGUUUUUCAAAACAUAUCCAAAUCAGUCAUUUUUUUUCCUACAUGCUUAGAAUAUUGCAGACUUAGUGCAGCAUUACGGAACAAUGAUAAAAAAGAUUUGUCCUUCAUAUAAACUUUUAAUCAGUAAAUCUGUAAUAAUAGAUUUGUCAAUAUAACAGUACAUAACACUAACAUAAAACUUCCUUCAUUCAAAACAGUGAACUAUAUAAAUAUCAAAUAAAUAAUGUGAAAGAAUGAACUUUUGCAACAAAAUUUAAGUUGUUGC